CGGCGGCGGCGGCGGCAGCUCUGGUACGGCAGGGACAGCAAGGCAGCAACGGCGACAGAGACACCGGGGAAGCCCGCGCCCCGCCUGCGCCUCCGCGGCGCGCCGGGGAAGCCGAAGCCAGAGCGGCUCCGAGGCGCCAUCGAGGCCAGAGGCUUCUGCGGAGCCGCGGUGCGGGCAAGCCACAGAUCCAGCCAAGCGAGCACGCAGGGCGAAGGCAUCCUCCACCGCAGCGUCUGUCCGUGGCGGCUGCGCGGGAGACAAAGCCUCGGGAGAAAGAUGCCCGCGGGGCGCGCAACGGGCGAUCCAGGGAGCGGGCGCCUCCGAGUCUAAGUGCACCCGGCUGGCGGUACGUUCCAGGGACGCCGAGGCCCCAGCGGGUCCAGAGGCGGGUGGGGCCCAGGUGCGCCCGGUUGCAGCCGGCCGGUGACUGCUUGGGGGGCGGCGCCCUCCCGCCGCAGCCGCAGUGGCCCGCGCCGCAGCGAGGAGCCAUGGGCAACAUCUCCUCUAACAUCUCGGCCUUCCAGUCCCUGCACAUCGUUAUGCUGGGCUUAGACUCUGCCGGGAAGACCACGGUGCUCUACCGGCUCAAGUUCAACGAGUUCGUGAACACGGUGCCCACCAUCGGCUUCAAUACCGAGAAGAUCAAACUGAGCAACGGCACCGCCAAGGGCAUCAGCUGCCACUUCUGGGACGUGGGCGGCCAGGAGAAGCUACGGCCGCUGUGGAAGUCCUACAGCCGCUGCACUGACGGCAUCAUCUACGUGGUGGAUUCGGUGGACGUGGACCGGCUGGAGGAGGCCAAGACGGAGCUGCACAAGGUGACCAAGUUUGCGGAGAACCAGGGCACGCCGCUCCUGGUCAUCGCUAACAAGCAGGACCUGCCCAAGUCGCUGCCGGUGGCCGAGAUUGAGAAGCAGCUGGCGCUGCACGAGCUCAUCCCGGCCACCACCUACCAUGUCCAGCCGGCGUGCGCCAUCAUCGGCGAGGGCCUCACCGAGGGCAUGGACAAGCUCUAUGAGAUGAUCCUGAAACGCAGGAAGUCUCUCAAGCAGAAGAAGAAGCGGUAAUGCGUCCGGGCAGCGACUGGGAACGAGGCUGAGCGAACGAGCCACUGAGUGAAUGAAUGGACGUCUGGGUGAGCGAGAACCCGCGCCCGCGAACAAAGACAACGAACCAAAGCGAUGCUUCGAAUUUUAAAAACACGAUCUCUGUGUCCUAAUACAGGACUUGGAGACUUAACCCGGGUGUGGAGGCUGCAUUACCACCUUGCUCGCCACCUGCCCCACCCCCCACCCCAGCUCAGGGGACCUUUUGUCUAAAUGCUUGGGCUACCCAUGGGGUGGGGUGGGGGAAACCGGCGGGGAGUGGACGUGAGGACGCCAGGGUCCGGUGGUGAGCCCUCUGGCCCCAGGUGGGAAGCUUGGAUGUCAGAGAGACAAAAGCGAUUUCUUCUUGCUCCGCCAGGGCCAGAAGUUCAGGCUGCCCAGCCCCCACUGCGGGGGGAAAUCACGUGUGAGUUUACCUGAGGUAUGCAGUUCACAGAACCCUGGGGAUAGAUACCCCCGUGGGAGCGGGUAGGCACCGGGGUGUACUGAAGGGGGGGUGGGAGUGACCGCUCCUUGCAUUCUGGAGCUGUGCGACUGACUAGUUUUAUGUCACAGGGCAGGCCCCUGUUUGCAGUUUCAUUUGCCCUGCUCUGGGCCCAGAGGAGGGUUGGUGGUUUGGGUCCCUCCAGAGGGCUGCCUGGGACCAUGCGGCAGCCGGAGGGCCCAUCGUGCUGCUGCACUUCUGUCUGGCCUCGGCUGGAAAUGGCCUGGAAGACGCCACUUUCCAGGGGUGGGUGUGUGUGGUUUUGCUGAGAACUGUUGUUCAGCCUGGGAUGAGACCUCUUCCAGAUGGCCUAGGCCCUGUCAGUGUGUUGGUCACUAUCAACAUAAAGAGACCAAUAAAACAAAAACAGAAAAACCAUUGGAGGUGGUGGUACCAAUACAGGUGUUCAAAGGGUGAGGUUCUUGACAUUAAUGUGCUCUGUGUGUUUGUGUGUGUGUGUGUGUGCGCGCGCGCGCGCGCGCGUGCAUGCGUAUGCCCUCCAUCCUGCAUAAUCGGCAUAAAUACUGGACCCUCUGUGUGGAAUUUGAAAUUCUCUCAGCCUACUGAUUGGUUUGGAGGAGCACACCAGCUAUAGAUGUGUGCUGAAUUGCAAAAUGGUUUUCUUAGAAGGGAUAUCUGAUCAUUCUAACCACGUGGUGAUUUGAUUUCAGACGUGUUUUUUUUAAACAAACAAAAAACCCACUUCCACAAAUGAAUAAUCUUCACCUUAGUUUUAAAAAGGGACUGCCCUUUGUGCCCCUUGGCACUGCAAGUGGAGACAUGUUAGAUUUCUGAGUUGGGUCUUUGUAGCCUAGCUGAUUUUAGUAUUUUCCUCAGUGUGUCAUUAGAGUAUUUGAUGUCAUUCACCAAAAGAAUAAAACCCCGCCUUGGGAACACUGACCUUGCUUGCAUAGAUUUUAGGACAGGGAGACCUGAAGGAUAGAAUCCUUUGGAAUUCACCCUAGUGGGAGCUGGCCUGGCCUUCCAGCCAGCCAGCACUUUGGUUAAAUGCCAACAACAAUGAGUGCUUGAGAUGAAAAGGGAGCAGGUGUGUGACGUCAUGGUCACUGGUACUCAGGCACUUCGCAGUUUACUUGAAAGAGGCUUUGGAAAAUAGAUAAAGUGAAAGAAUAAAUACAUAUUUUUAAUAAUGUAAUUUUAAAAAUCCUUUAUAAUCAGGAGUGAGUCUUGGCUUGGUAAAAGCUGCCAUUUAUCCUGAAACACAGUAUCAAAAGAGAAAUUUACAACUGACAGGUUUUGUUUCUUUUUUAAUCUCCCCUCUUGAGUCCAUCUUUUAGGGUAGGAUUUUGGUUUCCCUCCAUGAUGGACACCUUGCUGUGCAAAGGAGGCUAUGGUCAUGAGUGAGCACGGAGUUGGUCACAAUAUGAGCCCAUCCCUGUUGUCCUUGGCACACUGAGUCAACUUUGGAACCAUAGGCAGAAAUCAUGGCUUCCUGCUUGAAACCCAGUCCUUAGAUUGUUUUUAAAGCUGAAGUCUAGCAGCCUGUGCUCCCUCCUUGUGUGUUCCAUAGCCCUCCGAUGCUGGUCUUUCUGGAGACACUCAGUGGAGCCAAGCAAUGGUGAGCAGCCUACAAGAUCUGUUUACAUGGCAAUGGGACACUACUGGCUUCUUCAUGGGCUGGUCCCAUGGUCUGAAGAUUCUGUAUAGAAUUAUUAAAAAAAAAAAAAUCCACCUUCUUUUAUUUUCUUCACAAUUUCUUAAGCACUUUGACAUUUUGGUAGUUCCACAAUAUGGAGAGAAUAAUAUAUUUAUUUUGUGACAUUGCCUAUGCCAAAUACUGUAACCUUCCUAUGCUCACAAUACCUGAGUUCCAGGUCAGUGUUCGGAUCCUGGCCUGCUCGAACGAUGGCGUGGGAUGGUUUUGUGGUGUUCUCCCCCCCAACCCCCAUUAUCAAUACUUAAGGGUGCAGUUGACUGUUAGUAGUUGUGCAGUAAAGUCAAGCCCUGUGGUGUAUCAGCAAAUAGCUAAGAGUCUCAGUUGAUUUCUGUAAUGUUUGACCUAAUAAUAAAAGCCCAUUUCAUCUGUGACGAGAGGGAGCCCAGUGAAAAUCACUGUGGUGGUGCCGUGGGGGAGUUCCCAUCACAUGCCAUCGAGGACCCUGAGUCGGCUGUCCUUCGGGUUCCUGGAGAGGAGUUCGGCCUCCCCAAGCAAGGUUUGGAAUGGUUUCUAUAGACAACAGGGAGGCCAGUAAUGAUUUAGAGCUGUUCUCUUCACACUCUGUGGUGGUGUUGGGACCGAGUCCUCUGGCUUCUGUUUUUUUUUUUUUUUUUUUUUUUUUUGGUUUUCCUGUAAUUCUGUCUUCACCACUCUCUUCUUUGUUCCCGCCCUCUUUUAUAAUGCGUAUAUGAUGCUGUGAACAGAAAUAAACUAUUUAUACAAUCAAA